AUGAGCGCGGACGCGGUGGAGCAGUCGGACGCUCCAGCUGACCAGGCAGGUAAGGACCGAAACGGAAUUGACUUCAGUCGACAAAUAAAGACAGAGGACAUCAACGACCCGCCUCAUUCAACCGCCACGCUGAAGACAUGUCACCUGACUCAGAGCUCUCCGGUUCAUGGAGGUCAGCUGACGGGGGAGCUCACCUCUCUCCACACCAUGCAGCAGCUGGUUCUGAUGCCGCCUUCCCACCUGUCGUCUCCGUCCCCCUUCCUGCUCUCCCAGAGUCCCUCCAGUCACCAAGCUCUUCUGCAGCAGAACUUGUCUCUUCCUAGUCACAGUCAGACCAGUCUCCUCCCACACCAACCUGGACUGGCUCUGACUCCACAGGCGAUGAGCCGCUCUGGUCUGGCCGGACCUUCUAUGGAGACCCACAUGGACAUGUCCCACCUGCAGAUGCCCAAACACAUGUCAAUGUCGGCACAGGAAGAACCCAGUGACCUGGAGGAGCUGGAGCAGUUUGCCAAAGCGUUUAAACAGAGACGCAUCAAGCUGGGAUUCACUCAGGGAGAUGUGGGCCUUGCGAUGGGAAAACUGUACGGCAAUGAUUUCAGCCAGACCACGAUCUCUCGCUUCGAGGCGCUCAACCUCAGCUUCAAAAACAUGUGCAAACUCAAACCUCUGCUGGAGAAAUGGCUGAGCGAUGCAGAAAACUCGCCCUCUGACUCGAUGAGCAAUCCGACCUCUCUGCCUCAACUGAUGGAAGGCUACGGACGCAAACGGAAAAAGAGGACGAGCAUCGAAACGAACAUCAAACUGACUCUGGAGAAACGUUUCCAUGAUAAUCCUAAGCCCAACUCCGAGGAGAUAACCCUGAUCUCAGAGCAGCUGUCCAUGGAGAAAGAGGUGGUUCGAGUCUGGUUCUGUAACCGGCGUCAGAAGGAGAAGAGGAUCUUCUGCCCGGUGGCCAGUUUACCUGUCAAAUCCCACAGCUACAACUCCAGAAUGGCCUCAGCAUCCAGAUCCUACAGCCCUCUGGCUUCAGGCGGAGUUUCAUCAAAUUCCUCCCCAAACAGUGCGAGUCGUGAGGCUUCUCCCAACAACCUGUCUGCAGCCACAGCCUCCCUAACAUCUCAGGUCAACCCAGCUUCCUACAGCACACCAGGGCCCUGGUAUCGCACAUGGAAUCCUGCCACAUAUCACCACUGAGAAACACAAACUGUAUCAUAUGAAGCGUUUUAGGAUCGUUGUGUCUGGGAGGAAUGUACAGUGAAGGCCGAGCAGCACAGCGGGGCUACGACUACAGGCUAAACCCUAAAUGGACACCAGACAAAGCAGAGGAGUGCAACACAACACACUGCUGUCAACACGCAAUUCAUCGCUCAUGCAAGUCCCAACAGCCA